UCCAGUCGUGGCGGCGCUCUCUGGUCUUCCACUGCCUUCCGGCGCGCCGCGCACCGCAGCUCGGCGUCCGCACCAACGGCCCCGGUUCGAAUACCGGCUGCGGCCGCGUUUUGCUCCACUUCACCGAGUUUCGUCAAACGCACCGUCAGUGGCGUCCCGGGUGUACAGUGCGGCGCAGUGUGCGAGUGAGAAAGUGUGUGUGUUCAGCCGGUGUGAACGAGCGAGGUGCUAACUAACACGCUCGACUGCCUCUCCGUUGGAUUGCUUUGGAUUACUCACCUGCCUGUACCGGACUGCGAAUACAGGCCGUGACGCGCCGCCGCCAUGGGGGCGUGCUGCAGCUCGGACGAGCGCGUCGAACCCACGCCCGGCUCUCCCGACUCCACGGAGCUGCAGGAAAGCGGCCGCAAGGGGAGUGCGUCCAAGUUCCACGGGCCCGUCAAGAAGCGGAGCUGCACCGAUGUCAUCUUCCUGAUCCUCUUCGGUGCAUUUGUCAUUGUGCUGGUUGGUCUUCUUGGAUACUGUGUUCAUAACGGGGAUCUCUAUCGUAUCAUCAACGGAUACGACAAUUGUGGAAAUGUCUGUGGAAGGACAAACAAACCCUCGACAAACAAUGAUCCUAAAUUCAGCUGCCUUGGGGCCAACAAAACUAGUGAUAAGUAUCUGCUUAUUUCUGCAGCAGGCCUUGCUGUAGUGAAACCAAAAGAUGUCAAGAGAGAAUGUGUCAGUAGCUGUACCAGAUCUGGAUACCGGGCAUUCCUUAAUCGAUGCAUUCCAGAGACUAGUGAUACUGUGGUGAACAGCUUUUUCUCCAAAACUGGAUUAAAAGACUUCUUGGCGGAAGUGUCAGAAGAUCUGCAUCUGUGCUGGCAAGAAAUUUUGUAUCUGUGCCUCAUUGCCUUUGCCUUAUCCAUCGUCUUGCUGUUCCUCUUCCGCUUUGUGGUCGGAUUUGUCGUUUGGAUUGUCCUAAUUGGAGUGGUUACAGUCAGCGUAUGCGGUACUGUUUAUUUAUGGGUACGCUACAAAUUGGUUCGUGAUGAGCUGAAAUCCAAACCAGAUUACAGUCAGUCCGAAAUUGGGCAAAGGAAACAUUAUUCCCUGCUUGCCUAUGCUAUUGUAGCCACAAUUGCUACUGUUGUUAUAAUGCUUGUUGUUUUGGUGAUGAGGAAACGGAUCCAGCUGGUUGUUCAAUUGUUCAGGGAGGCUGGAAAAGCUGUUGCAAGCAUGCCAGUGCUUCUUCUACAGCCUGUUCUGACCUUUGCUUCUCUUGCUGUUGUUGUUGCACUCUGGUUGCACUUUUCACUCUGGAUAGAAACUUCAGGAUUUUUGACUCCCAGAGGCGAGGAUAAUUUGUAUUACAAAAAAGACACUGUUAUAAAGGUCACUCGAUGGUAUAAUCUGUUUGCUAUGUUCUGGUUCACUCAAUUCAUUGUCAGUUGCCAGCACAUGGUAAUUGCAGGAGCUGUGACCACUUGGUUCUUCACAAGGAACAAGGAUCAUUUAGAUGCUCCAAUUUCUACAUCUUUUUACAACCUUGUUCGUUAUCACUUGGGAUCUGUUGCUUUUGGUUCACUCCUGAUUGCCAUGGUCCAGAUGAUAAGAACUGUGUUUGCAUGGCUGCAAGAAAAAUUGAAAGGAUCUGAGAACGAUUGUACCAAGUGCCUCUUUAAAACAUGCCAAUGUUGUCUCUAUUGUUUUGAAAAAAUUUUGAAGUAUCUCACACGGAAUGCGUUCAUAGAAAUUGCCAUGUAUGGACAUAACUUCUGCAGAGCUGGAGAGCAAGCCUUUAAGAUGCUGUCAAGUAAUGCUUUGAGAGUUAUUGCAAUUAACUCUGUCGGAGACUUUGUGUUGUGGCUUGGCAAAGCCCUCGUUGUAAUUGCCACUGUACUCAUUGGUGUAGAGAUGCUACAGGCCAAGGAAGGUAUUCAGCACAUCUGGGUUCCCUUGGGUCUUGCUGGCCUUUUUGCAUUCUUAGUCUCACAUUGCUUCCUGACAGUCUAUGAGAUGGUGAUUGACACAAUUUUCAUGUGUUUCUGUGAAGAUUGUGAGCAGAAUGAUGGCAUGAGUAAACCCUACUACAUGAGUAAGGAUCUUAUGGAGUUUGUUGAAGACAGCAAAAAAGCUUUGUCUGUGGGUGAUGCAAAACAUGACAACUAAGACUGCCAACUACGUCCGCCUCUUCAUUAUUUUGUAUUUGAUUUGAUUAUCGGCUGACACUUCUCCAGCUUGAAUAUCAUUUUCAUUUUUGUUGACUGAACUAAAUUUCAUAUAUUCAAGUUCUCUGGACUAGAUUGUUUUAUCAAAUACUGUGGGAUUUGAUAUUCUUGUAGGUAUUUAGGAUUAAUUUGUGUUCUAUUCCAUGCCUGUAUUAAUUUUUUUUUAUUGAUGUGGACAUGCAUACUUAAGUAAUGCUAUGAAGUUAGAUCUGUUGGAUCAAGCAGAAAAGACGAAGCUUUCAUACCUUGCCUUGCACUUGACCAAAGUUGAUGUUAAUUUUAAAAACAGAAAUUGUGUAUCCACAAUUAGACUUAUGUAUAUGUAAUACUAUGCUGUAAUGUUUUGUUUUCCUGACUAGAGUACAUUUUUAUAUCUUUGGUUUUGCUACAUACUGUACAUGCUUUGCAUAGAGACCUGAAGUUUCUCUCAAGGAUUCUAGCUUUACAUUAUCUAUUUUUGUGUACAGUCUGAAAAUACAGCUGUCUUUAUCUUUUGUAA